AUGGCCGCAGUAGCCGUCCUCCGGAACGACUCGCUGCAGGCCUUCCUCCAGGACCGCACCCCCAGCGCUUCCCCGGAUUUGGGCAAGCACUCGCCCCUGGCGCUGCUGGCCGCCACCUGUAGCCGAAUCGGCCAGCCGGGCGCGGGGGCGCCCCCGGACUUCCUGCAGGUGCCCUACGACCCCGCGCUGGGCUCACCCUCCAGGCUCUUCCACCCGUGGACCGCCGACAUGCCGGCGCACUCGCCGGGCGCGCUUCCGCCCCCGCACCCCAGUCUGGGGCUGACGCCGCAGAAAACUCACCUGCAGCCGUCCUUCGGAGCUGCGCACGAGCUACCGCUCACACCCCCUGCCGACCCCUCGUACCCCUACGAGUUCUCGCCUGUCAAGAUGCUGCCCUCGAGCAUGGCGGCUCUCCCUGCCAGCUGCGCGCCCGCCUACGUGCCCUACGCGGCUCAGGCCGCGCUACCGCCCGGCUACUCCAACCUGCUGCCCCCGCCGCCGCCUCCGCCGCCCCCGCCACCCACCUGCCGCCAGCUGUCUCCCAACCCGGCUCCCGAGGACCUCCCGUGGUGGAGCAUCCCGCAGGCGGGGGGCGGUCCCGGGGCCACCGGGGUUCCGGGGGGCGGCCUCUCCGGCGCCUGUGCCGGGGGUCCCCACGCGCCCCGCUUCCCCGCCUCAGCGGCCGCCGCCGCAGCAGCAGCAGCAGCCGCCCUACAACGGGGCCUGGUAUUGGGCCCGUCGGACUUUGCGCAGUACCAGAGUCAGAUCGCCGCGCUGCUGCAGACCAAGGCUCCCCUGGCGGCCACGGCCAGGAGGUGCCGCCGCUGCCGCUGCCCCAACUGCCAGGCGGCGGGCGGCGCCCCCGAGGUGGAGCCGGGCAAGAAGAAGCAGCACGUAUGCCACGUGCCGGGCUGCGGCAAGGUGUACGGCAAGACGUCGCACCUGAAGGCGCACCUGCGCUGGCACACGGGCGAGCGGCCCUUCGUGUGCAACUGGCUCUUCUGCGGCAAGAGCUUCACGCGCUCGGACGAGCUGCAGCGGCACCUGCGAACUCACACCGGCGAGAAGCGCUUCGCCUGUCCCGAGUGCGGCAAGCGCUUCAUGCGCAGCGACCACCUUGCCAAGCACGUCAAGACGCACCAGAAUAAGAAGCUCAAAGUUGCUGAGGCCGGGGUGAAGCGGGAAGACCCGCGGGACUUGUGA